UAAAGGAUGAUGUAUUCAAAUAUUGAGCUUAGACCAAAUGGUGAAAGAUCCCCAAGUAGAAUAUCAAUAUACAACUAUCCAGAGCAUUUGAAUCCAUUUAAUGAAGAAGAUAAUCACAAGCGUUUGCGUUUUUGGAACUUUUCAAAAUCUAAUGAAAAUUCAAAACGCAGAAGUUUUUCCUUUGGGAAUUUACGGGAUGUAUGGACUUUUCGUUCAUUUAACUUAAAAAAAAAAUCAUCCACUUUGGGUAUACAAAAAACUUCAGAAAGUCCCCCCGUUCUGCGCAGAAAUUUAGAGUUAACAACAUCAUAUCUGCAUUCAGGAGGAAACAAUGAUAACAAAACAUUAUCUGUAAUGAGAUCUUUGCAGAAUGUCAGCGACCCUACCGAUGUAAGUAGCUAUUUAUAUUUAUUUUACUCUUUAUAAAA